AUGUUGGACGGGGCAUCAAGUGCGGGUGCCGCGGAGGCAGCGCGGCUGCGGCGGGACUCCGACGGCCCCUUUAAGGCGCGGCCCUCGUCUGCCGGCAUGUCCCCCUCCGCCCGCAGGGUGGCCACAGACCACAACUCAGACAACACAACAGCGGUGCUUCGGGAAUGGCUGGUGUCCGUGAAGAAUCUGUACCACUCGGUGGAGUGGCGGCCGGCAGAGGAGCCCCGGUCCUACCAAGACGAGGAGGGCCCCAAGCACUGGUCCGACGCGCGCUACGAGCACGUCAUGAAGCUGCGCCAGGCGGCCCUGAAGUCUGCCCGGGACAUGUGGGCUGAUUACAUCUUGUUUGUGGACGCAGACAACCUGAUCCUGAACCCUGACACGCUGACGCUGCUCAUCGCCGAGAACAAGACGGUGGUGGCGCCCAUGCUGGAUUCCCGGGCUGCGUACUCCAAUUUCUGGUGUGGGAUGACUUCCCAGGGCUACUACAAGCGCACGCCCGCCUACAUCCCCAUUCGCAAGCGGGACCGCCAGGGCUGCUUCGCGGUCCCCAUGGUGCACUCGACCUUCCUGAUCGACCUGCGGAAGGCGGCGUCCAGGAGCUUGGCGUUCUACCCUCCACACACGGACUACACCUGGGCCUUCGAUGACAUCAUCGUUUUCGCCUUCUCCUGCAAGCAGGCAGAGGUCCAGAUGUACGUGUGCAACAAGGAGAUGUAUGGCUUCCUGCCAGUGCCGCUGCGGUCAUAUAGUACCCUCCAGGAUGAGGCUGAGAGCUUCAUGCAUGUGCAGCUGGAAGUUAUGGGUGAGUCCGUCCACACUGCCCUUUCUCUGUCAUCACACAUCCAUACCCUGAACACUGAUGCGGGAGGGGGAAGGGUGGGGAACUUAGGGCUGGAGAGUCCAACAGGCUCUGUGCCACAGGUCUUCAUGAUCAACCUGAAGCGGCGGCAGGACCGGCGGGAACGCAUGCUCUGGGCGCUGUGGGCGCAGGAGAUCAAGGUCCGGCUGGUGGAGGCUGUGGAUGGCAAAGCCAUGAACACCAGCCAGGUGGAGGCACUGGGCAUCCAGAUGCUGCCCGGCUACCAGGACCCCUACCAUGGGCGGCCCCUCACCAAGGGAGAGUUGGGCUGCUUCCUCAGCCACUAUAACAUCUGGAAGGAGGUCGUGGAGAAGGGACUGAAGAAAUCGCUGGUCUUCGAGGACGACCUGCGCUUCGAGAUCUUCUUCAAGAGGCGCCUGAUGAACCUCAUGCGGGAUGUGGAGAGGGAGGAUCUGGACUGGGACCUCAUCUAUGUGGGCCGGAAGCGGAUGCAGGUGGAGCACCCCGAGAAGGCUGUGCCCCGCGUGAGGAACCUGGUGGAGGCCGACUACUCCUACUGGACACUGGCCUACGUCAUCUCCUUGCAAGGCGCCCGCAAGCUGCUGGCGGCCCAGCCGCUCUCCAAGAUGCUGCCCGUGGACGAGUUCCUGCCGGUCAUGUUUGACAAGCACCCAGUGUCCGAGUAUAAGACCCACUUCUCCCCUCGCAACCUGCGCGCCUUCUCCGUGGAGCCUCUGCUUGUGUUCCCCACGCACUACACGGGGGACGACGGGUACGUGAGCGACACAGAGACCUCGGUUGUGUGGAACAACGAGCACGUCAAGACCGACUGGGACCGCGCCAAGUCCCAGAAGAUGAGGGAGCAGCAGGCCCUAAGCCGAGAGGCCAAAAACUCGGAUGUGCUACAGUCCCCGCUGGACAGCGCUGCCCGGGACGAGCUCUGAGGGGCAGCGGCCACAGCAGCCUCCGUGUGCUUGCUCGGGACAGCAGGGCCCCUGCGGACCCUGGCAGGCCUGGGAGGGCUCUCCAUGCAGGGUGGUGGCCAGCCAGCUCUUGCUCAGCAAUCUUGUACACACAGGCAGCAUUAAUGGAGUGCCUACUGUAUGCCAGGCAUAGUGUUUUGCACUGGGAGACUGGGUGGGAACAAGCCAUCAUUCCUCUCCACGUGCCUGACAUUUCUUAAGCAUUGACUAUGUACCAGGUUCGUGGGUGAUGGCCGUGAAUGAGGCAUAAUAAUUUCCUCAGUGAUGAUUCAGGCAUCAAGCAUUUAUUGACGCCCCCCCAAGAAUCAGGCACUAGUGAUACACAUUCAUUUUUUAAAGAUUAAUUUAAGUAUUUAUUGAGUGCCUACUGACGGUUGGGCACCAUUUCAGGCUCUGGGAAUAUUGAGAUAAUUAAGACACUUUCAUUUAUUCAGACACACAUCAGGCACCUACUAUGUGCCUGGUACUUGAGACACAAAAGUUCUUAUCAACUCCGUGCUGUUACUGAGUGUCUGCUGUGCGCCAGAAGCUGAGCUGGGUGCUAGGCGUGGAGAUGAACAAGGUGCUUUUCUCUCUCUAAUUGGCUUCUUCCCCACUCACCUGAAGAGCACCUACUGUGUGCGCUAGACAUUCGUGAUACAAAACAGUAUAACCCUUGUUCAGUCACUACAUUUGAUUUCCCACAUGUGUCCUGGGCCCCAGAGAUGAACAGAGAGAGUCCUUUCAUUUCAUGCCUUAGGCAUUUAUUGAGUGCCUACUGUGUACCAGACCUUGUGGACGCCCAGUGGGGUUAGCGAAGGGUUGAGUUUGAGUCCUUAUUCAUCCCCCAGCCACCUGAGCUAUGUGCAGGUCACCACCCCGGAGGGAGGGUGACUUCUCUCACCAGGGGCUUCUGCUGGCCCCAGUAACCACAUGGCCGCUUGCAGGUUCCUGCACCAGCCCCCCUGGCGGGGGCGGGGUGAGGAAGGGGCUGGGUCUCCCCGCCUGCUCCUGGUGCUGUUUGCUUGACUUCCCAGGCCUGCGUCUCAGGUGUGGUGUCCGCCUGCUCAGUGGGAUUCCUCUGCCUAAGCCUUUGGGGGGCUCAGAGGCACUGGGGUGCUGCCUGCACUUGGGCAGAAUGUUCCUGGCCCAGGCUGGGGGCUUGCUGCGCCUUCAGCCGGAAGUGAAUGUCAGAGCCGGCCAGCGGUGCUCCCUCUUCGGGAUGGACACUGCUUGCUGGGUCGGAUCCUGGAUAACUUGCUUAUUUUUUUAUUAAACAGUCCUGGAUGGUUUUCACGUAA